GCCAGUGGGUUUGACUGGGGCCUUUUCCGGCGUAAACAUCCGUUCUGUUCCGCCUUAUUCCUCAGUCCUGAUUGUGUUUCGGCCGUAAAUUCAAAACCCCUUUUCACAAUCUGAGGCGUUCGCCUUGACCCAUUGCCUGUGGAUUCAAAUUUGGGCUUCUUAUCGCCAGUCGCUAUCAUGCCGCACCGACUUCGCCAUUCGAGCAACAUCCCUGAAGAGGUAGUACUAACUCCAACGACAACCACUGGGGUUUUUUCGCCUAUCGCUCGAGAAGAGUCUGCCGACGCUGAAGAACGCCACGGUGACUCGCCGGACGUCGCUCAUCCUGCCAGUGGAGCCGAGAUUUCAGUGGCAGACUCGGAGGAUGGGACAAGGACUCGCUCGGAUUCCAUCGUCCAUGUCGUUUCCGCUCCUUGCACGUUGACCCUCUGCGCUGAUCCCGCUUCAGGAUAUCACACAGGAUCCGCCACUGGUGCAACCAGUACCGCCAUGAACGGCGGCAAUCACGCGCCCGGAGGAAGAUGCUGCGCCGUACCAGCGUCUUCGGCAACCAUAGAGGAUGUUUUCAUCCAGAUGGACUACGAUUUUCGUCCUGAAGAGGACUCGAACUCCCACGCCACCGUCGGCACCGUUGUUGCUUCUGACGCCGCGUCCAACCCCGUGCUCCCUUCCAAAGGGAAGAUGCGGAUGCAGACGCAGAUGAAGAUGCAGAUGGAGAUGCACAACGACGUAAUUUCACAGGCCCAGGGAGGUGAAUCACCAUCGGCGAGUGAGACGGAAGAGGAGACUCUCAGGGAGCUUCCCAGUCGCCUCAAAGCUCGAGUGAAGAAGUUGUCCGUCAGCCUCAAUCAGCCGCCCCUCCACGUGUGGGAGUUCGCGGAUCGCAAGACCAAAGCGCAGGUGGUGGCGGCAGCAGCUGCUGCAGCGCGUGUGCCGCUCACGAGUGACAAGGGGAGGCAGAUCUAUGCGGAUAAGGCGGACGCCACGCCAUUGGCAAGAUCGGCCAACAGCUCUCCGAAACGCCACCAUACCCCAGGGGGCGGCGGCCGUCGGUCUGUCUUACCAUCUCCCCGGUAUUUGACACCAAGCAUGAGGUCAGGCUUCACCACUCCCAGCGGAGCCGGGCGGGCAGCGGCAGCGGCGGCAGCAGCAGCAGCUUUCCAGGUGGAUCCGAUGGUGCUGGAGGCGUGGGACGCGCUGAGGGUGUCGCAGGUGCUCUUCCGCGGCCGCCCUGUGGGCACCAUCGCUGCUCUGGACCCCUCUGAGACGGCCCUCAACUACGACCAGGUGUUCGUGCGGGAUUUUGUGCCGAGCGCCCUGGCGUUCCUUAUGAACGGAGAGGCGGAGAUAGUGGAGAAUUUCCUGCUCAAGACACUGCGACUGCAGCAGUCGUGGGAGAAGCGCGUGGACGUGUUCACUCUGGGCGAGGGCGUGAUGCCGGCGUCGUUCAAGGUGCUGCACGACAGCCGUCGAGGCGUGGACACCAUGAUGGCGGACUUCGGGGAGAGCGCCAUUGGGCGGGUGGCGCCUGUGGAUAGUGGCUUCUGGUGGAUCAUCCUGCUCCGGGCGUAUGUCAAGGCCACAGGUGACCAGGCCCUGGCGGACUCCCCAGACUGCCAGCGGGGCAUGCGGCUCAUUCUCAGCCUGUGCCUGGCCGAUGGCUUCGACACCUUCCCCACACUGCUGUGCGCCGAUGGAUGCUCCAUGAUCGACCGCCGCAUGGGCAUCUAUGGGUACCCGAUAGAGAUCCAGUCCAUGUUCUUCAUGGCAUUGCGUGUAGCGCGCUGCCUGCUGCGCUCGGACCUGCCGGAGAACAAGGAGCUGCUGGACCGCAUCGACAAGCGCCUCAUCGCGCUCUCCUACCACAUGCGCACCUACUUCUGGCUGGACCACGAGCAGCUGAACAGUGUGUACCGGUACAAGACGGAGGAGUACUCGCACACGGCAGUGAACAAGUUCAACGUGAUCCCGGAGUCCAUCCCCGACUGGCUCUUUGACUUCAUGCCGCUCAAGGGAGGUUACUUCAUCGGGAAUGUGUCUCCUGCACGCAUGGACUUCAGGUGGUUCGCCCUUGGGAACUGCAUGGCCAUAGUGUCGUGCAUGGCGUCGCCGGAGCAGGCAGAGGCGAUCAUGGACCUGAUUGAGGAGCGCUGGGACGAGCUGGUGGGGGAGAUGCCGCUCAAGAUCGCGUACCCUGCACUGGAGAACCAUGACUGGCGCAUCACCACUGGAUGUGACCCCAAGAACACCCGAUGGAGCUAUCACAAUGGCGGCUCAUGGCCAGUGCUGAUCUGGAUGCUCACAGCUGCGAGCAUCAAGGUGGGCCGGCCCCAUGUGGCUCGGAAGGCCAUUGAGGUGGUGGAGCGCCGCCUGGCUAAAGAUGGGUGGCCUGAGUAUUACGAUGGGAAGCUGGGUAGGUAUGUUGGAAAGCAAGCCAGGAAGCAGCAGACGUGGAGCGUGGCAGGUUAUCUUGUCGCUAAGAUGAUGCUAGAAGAUCCCAGCCACUUGGGGAUAAUUGCAUUAGAGGAGGAGAGGAAGCUCCAGCAGCCUGCACUCACGCGUUCUCGAUCAUGGAAGGUGUGAGGCAUUGAAUAAUUGUUUGGAGGCAGAGCCAGGAUGUUGGCCAUCUAUCAGUGUACUCUAACAGGUUGCGUAUCCUGUGUAUCAUAUUUUGCUUCAGAAGUAAAUCUUGACCCUUCCC